AUGGAAGAACCCAAAAGUCCGGAAAAUGUUCUUGAUUCCAACGUCGAUCAUGGGUUCCUGCAUAGUCGGGAUGAGUUCCCGAGAUUUGAGUGCAAAGAUAGCGUGAAGUCCGAAAAUUUGCUUGAUGUGCUAAAGUGUCGUCUGAUCAAAUGGACUAUAGAUGGAGUAGACAUGGUGUUUAAGGAUCAGAAAUCGCUGAAAUCUAACCGUUUUGCAAGUGGCCUUGGAAAACAGUCAUUUUUAAGUGACAAUCAAAAUGGUAGUGGUUGGAACACUACUUCACAGAGUUGCCAGGAUUGUGCAGAAAGUACUUAUCAAGCAAAAAGAGAUAAAGCAAGUUCUACUAUGCAAGAAAUUGAAAGGGCAUGCUCGAAUUGUGACGAUCGUCAGGUCGAUUUGAGGAGAGAUCAAUUCGAUGCCACGAGCGAAUGGGAUAACGAACAUGCCCAUGUUCCAUCAGGAAGCUAUUAUGAUCAUUUUCCUUUCAACUUUCUACCUUUUCGUCCAUUACUGUUGAUAAAAUUUAUUGGAUUCCAACUCAACCUACUGGUUAGGAUUUUCACAUUUCCGAUAUGGCUAUCAUAUUUUCCGUUCAUGUUCAUGCUGUUUCCAUUUCAAACUCUAAGGCACAUUAGAGGAUAUAUGAUGAGAAAGCUGUUUGGAAGGUGGGAUGUCACGUAUAUGAAUGUCACUUCUAGCGUAACUGAGUGUGUGAAUGCACAAAAAUCAGUGGUAGUGAGGGUUGGUCGGGCCAUCUUCUCGGUCAUCUACGUUUUGUGCAUGCUUUUAGCGUUGCUAGCUUCAGGUCGUUUCAUUCCUUACAACCAUAAAUUGCAGCUCACUGUUUCAUUAACAGUGCCUGAAUCUGAGUAUAAUCGAAAGCUCGGUGACUUCCAGGUGAGGGUUGAAUUCCUGUCAGGAAAUGGUAAAAUCACAGCCUGUUCCAGUUAUCCGUGCAUGCUGCGAUUCAAAAGCCAGCCGAUCCGCUUUGUUGAAACCUUCCUUAAGAGUGCUCCACUUAUUGCUGGUUUCCAAUCAGAAUCCCAAGUUCUGAACAUAAAAAUGAACAAAUUCACUGAAGGGCUUGAGCCAACUGCCUGCUUGAAGAUGACACUAGAACCUCGAGCAGAAUACCAACAUGGUGCCGGUAUACCUCAAGUAUAUGCUGCAUCGGUAGCGCUUGAAUCUGAGCUCCCCAAGUUGAAGAAGAUUAUUUGGUACUGGAGGAGAACACUAUUUGUUUGGGCUAGUAUAAUGUCAUUCCUCACAGAGUUGGUGUUCAUCCUAGCCUUCUGCAGACCUAUGAUUGUCCAGGGAACAGGAAAACCAAGGAUUGGUUCAACUGCAUGGGAUUCUCAUUCAAACACCAUCUUCCGGAACAAAAGAACCUGAAGAGAAGGCUUACUUGCAUAAAAAGGAUUUGAAGGAAUAAUAUUGAGUUGAACUCAACAUUCAGAAUUAUUAAAUUUAUUGCUGUUUGUGGCU